CUUUAACUUCCAAUCCCUCUCUUUCUUCUUUACUCCAUAGAUGGCUAAGAAGAAACUAAACCCAUUAGAAGACCCACCAAAAUCAUCUUCAAGCGAGGAAGAUGAAGUCGAGACUCUAUCCGGAGAAGCUGAAGAACAGAUAUCCGACGAAUCUUCAUCUGAAGAAGAAGACGAUCUCAUAAAUCGCGUCAUCAUUCCGCCUGCAAAGAAUCCAAAAACUCCAGCAAGGCGCGCUGUUGCUUCCGGAUCUAAGAAUCCCACCGCCGUAACCGUCGCGAGUCCUUGGAUAACGGGAUCUAAGCGUUCGAGUGAAAAGAUCUCCCCGAGGGAGGUUCAUGCGAAGAGGUCCAAGAAGGAUCCCAAGAAGCCUCUGUUUCAGCGACUGUUUAGCGAAGAAGAUGAGAUCUCUCUGCUACAAGGUAUGAUCGAUUUCAAUUCUGUGACAGGGAAGAGUCCGUACGAAGAUAUGGAUGAGUUUUAUGAUUACAUCAAGAAAUCAAUUAGCUUUGAGGCUAGUAAGAUUCAAGCUACUGAGAAGAUUAGGUCUCUGAGGAAGAAGUAUAUGAAGAAAGUGCAGAGAGGUGUAGAGUCUAUGCCGAAAGCUCAUGAUAUGGAAUGUUUUAAGCUGUCCAAGUAUAUUUGGGGAUCUAAUGGAAUGGCUCUCAGGCCUAAUGUGAAGAAGAGUGAGAAGAAACUUGAAUCUGUGAAGCCUCAUGGUAAAGAGGUAGAGAAAGAAGUUGAAUCUGAUGGGUCGCUAAAGAAGAAACUGGACUUUUCGGAAGCUAAUGGUGAAAAUGUAGAAGAAGAUAGAGAGGUGUUGGGUGAUGGUGAGAAGGAAGAAGAAGAAGAAGAAGAAGAAGAUAGAGAGGUGUUGGUUAAUGGCAAGAAGAUACAAGUAGAUAAAGAAGUGAUGAUUACUGGAGAUUCAAUGUCUCUUGGUGUGAUGAGAGCAUCUGACUGGUUUGAAGACUCGUUUCUUGUUGGAACCAUUGCGAGUUUAGGUGUGGGUGAACGGUUUGUGAAACAGAAAUGGAGCAUGGUGGCUGUGGAGACUAAGAAGAAACUGGAAGAGAAGUGGAAGUUGUUGCAGGCUAAAGAAAUGGAACUUGUGUUGCAGAAGACUGACUUUAUGCGUGAGGUUGGCUCUGUAAUUGCUGAAGCAUCUUACCAAGGCAACAUUAUGUAGGUUUAUCGGUUCAGGUUUGAGAUGUAAUGUCUAUUUUGUUUUCUAAUUUAGGAGUUUAUUUAUGUUUCUACAUUCUGGUUUUCUGGUUGAUCUUGUAAACUCGUGGAAGUAAUUAAAGUUCUUGCAAGUUAGGCAAUUAGCAAUAAUAGUCUGCAGUUUGCAGGCUUUUUACCUUUUUUUUUAAGACCAUUUCCAAUGAUUUCUCUCAUUUUUUUCUUCAAAAUGAA